AUGGCCAACAGGGGACCUGCCUAUGGCCUGAGCCGGGAGGUACAGCAGAAGAUCGAGAAACAAUACGAUGCGGACCUGGAGCAAAUCCUGAUCCAGUGGAUCACCACCCAGUGCCGCAAGGAUGUGGGCCGGCCCCAGCCUGGGCGUGAGAACUUCCAGAACUGGCUCAAGGAUGGCACGGUGCUGUGUGAGCUCAUUAAUGGGCUGUACCCUGAGGGGCAGGCCCCAGUGAAGAAGAUCCAGGCCUCCACCAUGGCCUUCAAGCAGAUGGAGCAGAUUUCCCAGUUCCUGCAAGCAGCCGAGCGCUACGGCAUCAACACCACUGACAUCUUCCAGACCGUGGACCUCUGGGAAGGAAAGAACAUGGCAUGUGUGCAGCGGACGCUGAUGAAUCUGGGCGGGCUGGCGGUAGCCCGGAACGAUGGUCUCUUCUCCGGGGAUCCUAACUGGUUUCCCAAGAAAUCCAAGGAGAACCCUCGGUACUUCUCGGACAACCAGCUGCAGGAGGGCAAGAAUGUGAUUGGCUUACAGAUGGGAACUAACCGCGGGGCUUCUCAGGCAGGCAUGACCGGCUAUGGGAUGCCACGCCAGAUCCUCUGA